UGUGUCCAAAAUGCACCCAAUUCUCUCAAAGUCAACAUUUCUUGUCUCGCUGUACUGGGCCAGCAGAAGGUUCCAGACAUCGGAGAGAGCGCAGGAUAGAACGGAGGAGAAAUCUCAGGAACAAGGCGCUGAGAAUUAAUAUUUCAUGUAGGAGUGGCGCACACCCCACAGCACAGGCGCGUCUCUGCUGGCCAGUCGGUACGUUAUUCCAGCAGACUGAACACUGAUGAAGGACUGACGCCGCUGUAUAAGAGAAGCAGCAGAGAGUGAAUUGGGAAGAUGAGGAGAUUCAACCUGUGGAAAGUUCUGUGUGCGGCAAGUUUGGCAGUUUGCAUCAUCCUGGUAACCAAACCUCCUCCUGAACAUAUCUGCCCCGAUCCCUCCGAUCCCUACCUGCAGAGGGAGCAACAUGAGGCAGGCUGGAAUCAUAGUACUCGAGGACUGAACGCCACUAACGCAACACUACACAAGGGCCGCUCAGCGCUGCCUCCGGAGAAAGAAGAGGGAGCCACUGUGAUGUCACCAGACCAGCUGAAAAACGUUGUAAGAGAAGCUCCCCGGGAGGAACGCGGCUUGUUUGAGGUGCGAGAAGACGCUCUGGACGCGCUGCGGAUCCCAUAUAAACAUCUCCUGGGCUCUCCUCCAACUACAAAGAAAUUUCUAUCCAUUGGCAUAUCUUCUGUUAAGAGAGAGAAGGGGAACUAUCUUCGGACCACACUUCAGUCCAUCUUCAGCCACAGCAGUCUGGUGGAGCUGGACGAGUUGGUGGUUGUGGUAUACCUGGCCAACACCAAGUACUCAAUAAACACGGAAGUGGCAGCAGACCUGGCAAAGCAUUUUCCAUCGGAGAUUGCGGCUGGGCAGCUGCUAGUGAUCAGCGGCUACAGCAAUGCCUAUCCCACACUAGAAGGUCUUAAGAGGAACUAUGAUGACCCUCCUGAAAGAGUCAAAUUCCGUUCCAAACAGAACGUGGACUACGCCUUCUUGGUCAACUUCUGCGCCAAUCUGUCCCAGUUCUACCUACAGUUGGAGGACGACGUGACCUGCUCCAUGAACUUCCUCACCUCAAUUAAGUCAUACGUCAGCCAAUACAUCUCCCCGUGGACCACCAUAACGUUUUCCAGCUUGGGAUACAUCGGGAAGCUUUACCACAACGUAGACUUGCCCAAACUAGCACGGUUCCUUCUGAUUUUCUACGAUGAGAUGCCAUGUGACUGGCUCCUGGAUCUUUUCUACAAAUCCAAGGCUCAGAAGGAGAUCAUCCAGUACAAACCAUCCCUCUUCCAACACAUCGGGCAAUAUUCAUCCUUUCAGGGCAAAGAAAACAAUCUGAAAGAUAAAGAAUUCAUGGAAGUGGCGGAAACCUACGGAGAUCAUCCACUGGCGUUUUGCUCCACCAGUAUAAAGGCCUUUGAAGACCACACUCCGGACCGCGUGUGCUUCCCCGGUCCCAAUUUCUUUUGGGGGGUGGAGAUAAAAGCAGGUGACCAUUUUACGAUGACUUUCAUGAACUCAACCAACAUCAAGAAGCUCAGGAUCCUUACAGGGAGCUCAGAGCAUCCCGAAGACACCUUGAAAUCAGGUUCUGUAGAGUUUGGGAGACACAAAACCCGAGGCCACGAACACAUAACAUGUGAAGCGUUUACCAAAAUCGGCGACUUUCAAAAUGGGACGUUUUUCCUGGACAAUAUAGACCGGACAGCAGGGGGUUCAGUAGACUGCCUUAAAAUUCAGGUUUCCGUGCCCCAAGCUGAGUGGAUGAUAUUACGGAAAGUAGGUAUUUGGGUCAGUAGAGAAAAGACGCGUCCUAAAAACUCCACGAAUAUUGUGUCAACCAACAGGUAGCUUCCUUCGGAAAAGACAAAUAUUGAUCCUGUUUGGAUCGUUCUCUUUGUGAAGAAGGACUUUUGUUGCCGCGAUAGUCAUACGAUUGAACGCUCAGCCAGCUGGGUGUGUUUAUUAACAUCGGGGAUCGCUGGAAUAUUUAAUAACCGCGCACAAAGCCAAGGACUGCCGCCACCCGCUGCCCAACUACCCAACCACAGAUCUUCUUUUUAUCAAUUUGGGGGGGGGGGGCUCAUUCAUACGAGACUGAUAGUGUGCCGUGUUCUUCAAAAGGGAAAUAUGGAUUUCAGAUGUUCUGCCUUUUUUACAAAGCUGCUCGCUCAAUGUUUUCUACUCAUCUCAAGCAGAUUUUGAUAUAAAUAAUAGGAAAUAAUUCGGAGAAAUUAGAGUUUGCUCAUUUGCCUUAACCACUUCAAUACCGGGCACUUACGCCCCUUUCUGCCCAGUACCCAAACUAAUUUUUUUUAAUUUUCUU